UUUGACUAUGUAUUUGCACUAAUUUAACAAGAAUUUGAAUCUACGCUAAUAACAAGAAAACGAGAAAGCAAGCAAAAUGAGCUUUGUUUCUGAUAAUAGUGACUCGGAUGACAAAGACUCCUUCCACUCCUUCAACAAUAGUGAAUCAUUCUUGGACAAUCUCUCCCUCUCGGAUAGCGACUGCGACAGCGCGGACAUCUCUGAGUCCAGAUCGGAGUACGAGACUUCAACGGAGAAUACGAUAGAAGAACCUUGUAAACCUACCUUUUUGUACUCCAUCUUAAAGCCAAUGUCGUCCCGCUUUGAUGUCAAUUCUAACGACUCCUCCGCCUGUGAUGGCUUAUCCGCUGCCAAGGACAAGUUCAACAUUUCCCCGUUAGGUCAGAGUCAAGAGACGGAUCCCGUGCAAUGUUGCCCAAGAAACGUGCCAGAACCCAUCUCGAAACGGGACCAACCAGCCGCGGUUCUGCAGCAACAUCUGAUCACCAAUACUAAAGAGGAAGCAAUGCAAAAGUACGCUUUUACCGAGAUUUGGAUAGGUUUGCAGCAGAAAUCUUUACUGACCCAAAGUUCUUGCUUGGGGCAGUUUUCAGCGGCCCUGGAGGCCUAUUUUAAUAAUGACUUUUCUAAAAAAAAGAGUGAUACUAGCUUGGAGGAAAUUGAAAAGGAUUUGGAGACUUCAGCAGCUCCCUCAAAAAUGUACAGGACCGAAGAAUAUGUGCCUUCUUUCCCCUUGAAGCCGCCAGUGGCACCAGCUCCGAAAGUGCCGUCUCCUUUGAAAGGAAUAAAGCCGCCUAGUACAGAUCCAGCUGGUUUUGAUUUGACCCAAUUCGUUGAAAUGAAGAAUACCAACCACUGGAAAUAUCGUCCUCAAUUAAGCAUCAGUCAUUCCAUUUUCUAGACGAUACUAAAUUCUAUUUUUUUUUCGAUCAGAGGCAAAGAUUAGGCUACUAUUAUGUCCUUACGAUCAUCGCUAUCAUUCCUCAUCGAUUUGACAUUUAUUCUGUUAACUGUUAUCUUUCUGCAUUAAAGGAUUCUGAACUACCAAAGCA